AUGAGAGGAGAGUUAGCGUUUGUUCGCAUCAUUCCUCACUCUUUGUUCCCACCGUUUCCAUCUUCCUCUCCCUCUCGCCGCUAUGCCUGUCUUCCCUACGUCUCCCCCGCCCACAUCGCCAGCAGCAGCAGCAGCAGCAACCCCUCCGCUGGGGCGAGUGGCGGUCAUUGGAGCAGGGGUCAGUGCCACCGCUCGCUACCCCCAUCACUUGUAUUUCCUCCAUGCUGUUCUGUCCCCACACUGCCAUCUCCCAUCCCCUCUUCCGCCCCCUCACCAUCCCUCCCUCGUGCCCCUCACCUCCCUUCUCUCCCUCCCUUCUCUCCCUCCCUUCUCUCCCUCACUUUUCUCACUCCCUCUCUUCCUCUAUUCGGCCCCUGCCCUCUCCCCUCCUCUUCCCUGCAGAUGGAGAACGAGCCGCUAGUGGGGCGUAUAAUAGACGACCUGGGGCUGCACGACCGAGUGGUGCUGCCCCAGGAGCAGUCCAAGCGUUACAUUGUGAAGAAUGGCAAGCCUACACUGCUCCCGGGCAGUCUGCCAGAGUUCCUCACCACGCCACUGCUCUCCCUCCCUGCCAAGCUGCGCAUGCUAGCGGAGCCGCUGCUGUGGAAGCGACUGCCGCCUGGGUCCAAUGCUGAUGAGGAGAGUGUGCGGAGCUUUCUGGAGCGACAUGUGGGGCCUGAGCCAGUGGACUAUAUAGUGGACCCCUUCUGUGCCGGCACCACGGGAUCCAACCCCAACGACCUCCUUAUGAAGCAUGCCUUCCACGAGGUGUGGGAGCUGGAGCAGCAGCAUGGAUCUCUGCUGCUGGGAAUGGUGAAGACUCAGAUGGCCAAGGCCAAGGCCAGGAAGCAGCAGGCUAAGCAGCAAGGCAGCACGUCAGCAUCAUCGUCCAAAGCCCUUACCCCACGGCCCAAGGGCGUCUCAUUCUCCUUUCAAUCAGGCAUGCAGGAGCUGCCUCUCUCCCUUGCGGCCCACAUCCCCGCGUCCGCUCUGCGUCUCUCCCACCGCGUAGACUCCCUCUCCUGCGACCUGCACUCGCCCCCCCACCGCUCCUCCUGGUCCCUCUCGGUCACGCGCGUGGGGGACGGGGACAGUGGCGGCAAGGGCAAGGGUGGGAGGAAGGAGGAAGGGUCGGAGAGAUUCGAUGCUGUUGUUGUCACGGCCCCUCUCUCCGCUCUCGCCAACAUGCCCUUCAAGCUGUCCGGGCAGCCGCAAAAACUUUCCAUCCAGCUGCCCGUGUACCAGUCCAUGGCCUUACUGGUGAAUGCGUUCCGCGAGGAGGAUGUUUCGUCUGCCCUGCCCGGCUUUGGGGUGCUCGUGCCGACCAAGGAAGCAGCAUCCCACCAGUUCAAAACGCUAGGCACGCUCUUCUCCUCCGCCAUGUUCCCCCAGCGCGCCCCCAAGGGCACGGUGCUGCUCACGUCCUUCGUGGGUGGCUCACGCUUCAAGAACCUGCGCUCUGCCUCCGUGGAGCAGCUGAACGCCAUGGCUCUAGCUGACUUGCAGCGCCUCUUGGGUGUCAAGGCCAAGCCCAUCUUCUCCUCGCACAUGGUGUGGCAUGACGCCUUCCCGGAGCUCACGCACGGCUAUGGCGGUGUGUUGGAGAGCAUGCGCAAGAUAGAGGCCACCACGCCCUUCUUCUACUGGGCAGGCAACCACCGGGACGGCCUGGCAGUGGGCAAGGCACUGGUGGGCGGGUACAGGGCAGCGGAGAGAGUGCUGGCGGAUCUAGAGGCCACAGGCGGGAGGCACCUCUUCACCAUGGCACGCCAGGAUUCCCCACCCGUGUCGUGA